AUGUCUACCUUAGUUCCGCAAUCAGGCGAUAUGAUGCAAGGUGAUGUGUUGAUCUUCGACACCGCCCUUUCUGGGUUCCUCUCAUUCUCAGGUAUUCCUGUACUCGACGUUGAGUUUGUAGGGUACAUGCCAUUGGGUUCUGGGGAUCAGCUCACCCUUUAUCCACUCUAUCUGAGGGCAUACUUGUCUUUGUUCGCUUACUUGCUCGCCCCAAUGGUGCAUGCAUCGCAAUACGAGUUGCUACCCAGCAACGAAGUUCCCGUGUUCACUUUAGCGCUCAACGGAAUCGACGCCCCAUUCUUAAAUUUGCCAUGUGUGAGAGUCAGGACAGGUAUCGAUAAGAUGCUCCAUGGUGUUUAUAACUAUCAUGGUGUGGCCUGGCCCAAUGAGUCUCCGACUAUGAUCCAUUUAGCACAGUUCCCUUCCGGGUACCGUCACACUGAAGGGUCGGUUGAUGGAUCAGAUUCAAUCCUUCAGACCACCUGGGUCGAGUCAUCAGCCAUGACCUCAAUUGCAGGCGCCAGUGGGCGCCAGGCUCAUUCUAAAAAGCUCAAGGCUGAACACAGCCUCCACAGGAUUAUGGCGGUGUGUCCAAACUGGGGCAGAGCCCUCGCAUUCUUACACGUCCAUCUGAGGAUUGUUAUCUGCUGUGGCCACUCUGACAACCCUCACCUUCUUAUCAAUGCCAAGUAUGCUGAGUGCAGGGUUGAGCUCAUCCGCAGUCUCUGGCCUAAAACUUUGGCGCGUGCAAACAUUGCUUCGCAAGAUUUGGAACUUGUGUUACCAGUCACUCCUCGCAAGGCUUUCUCUCAAAAUGUACUACUUGGUCAGACUGCAAAUGUUUUUGUGAUUGUGAAAGUCAUAAAGCUGCACCCGAAAGUCAUUUUCUGCACCGCUAGUCCAUUCCAAGUAUUUGCAAAGCAUGACUCUGGUGAGAACAUCCUUAGCCUCUCUUACUACCCUCUUUUCAACAUGAUCAAUGAUUCCCAUUUUCUUGGAAUUGAACAGACCAAAUCAGCCUUGAUAUCUUGGCUCUCAAACCAGGAGCGAGACAUUCUUCCAGACUCCCUCUUUGUCAUGGCUUCCAUGCUGUUUGGAUGGAUCGACUCCCACGAUCUCAUUGCUCUCCUUGAAGUGAGCCUCAAGGAAAUUGAGACGCAGCUCCAGCAAGAACAGGAUUUGUGCAUGGUAUCUUGUUUACAAGGGAGAUGUUGGAUGGAAGAUAGGAUGUACCGAGCGCAGACCGAAAUUUCAUUGUUUAGCGCUGCUAUCGCUAACUUGUGCGAAGAGCUCGAACGUAGAAGCUACCCAAACAAAUGCAACGCAUGGCUACUUACGUUGCAUGGUGAUGUGCAGCUUGAUUCUGACACAAGCCAAAUACCAUUUGGUUCUUUGCAAACAGAAGUUUCUCAUCUCUAUGAUUACCUUGUAGGGCCUGACGAUCAAUUUCUCUCUCUGCCUCGCAUGCUGAAAACUUGGGUUGAUAGUGUCGCAUUUCGUGCAUACUUAAGUGCAUGCUUGGCAGAAAGUAAGCCGUCAUCCAUCACUAAUAACGACACUUUCAAACCAAAGGAACGCAAAACUCUGGACAUGCUCCAGUCCGAUAUACAUGUGCUGGGCCUGAAGAAACGACGCACGCAGGUCAAAGUGGACAUGCUUUCUGAAGCCAUAGCUCGCAUGUCUGAGUUCGAGCGCACCAAUGAUGGUGGACACACAGUAGCUAUGCUCUUGUUUCUGACGCUAAGAUUACUCUAG